CAACAUUUUAAAAUGUCACUCAUUGGAUAUCGUUAACCCGCGAAAAAUAUUUAAUUAGAUGAUAGAAUAGAUUAAAAAAUUAGUUUUCAUUAGCGCCGUGAUAUCAGUUUAUUGUUAUUUUUAUACUGUAGUGUUCUAUCAAAGUGAUGUAAUAAAAGUUUCACGCAAGCAAGUUAUACUUCUCUCUCACUUAGUUACUACUAGCAUAUUAAUACAGUUGUCGGUGCGUAACAACGUGAUUACUUACUAUAUUUUUUUUCUGUUUUGUGAAAUUAAUACAACAGCAUAGUUAUAAACCAUAAUUAAAUUUUUAAUAAAUAUAUCAGAAUUCACAGUUUGUUCAAAUUCAGUGACAAAAUAUUUUCUAUUUACAAGGGGGAAAAUGGUGAAGGCGGUAGCAGUGAUUACUGUGAGUGAUACUUGUUUCAAAAACAAUUCACAUGACACCUCUGGGCCUUGUCUCGCUCAACUUGCCAACGAAGUUUUUCCUGAAGCAAAUUUGCAUACAAUUAUUAUUCCUGAUGAGAAAGAAAUUAUUGAACGAGAAUUGAAAUAUUUUAGUGAUUCAAAUAUAGACUUAAUUUUAACUACCGGAGGUACGGGUCUGAGUUCCAGAGAUGUAACACCAGAGGCUACAAAAGCAGUGAUUUAUCGGGAUAUACCAGCAAUAUCAGUCGCAUUAACAUUAGAAAGUUUAAAAAAGACUCCUAUGGCCAUGUUAUCACGAUCUGUUGCUGGUAUAAGAGAUAAGACACUAAUAAUUAAUUUCCCAGGAAGCAAGAAAGCUGUUAUAGAAUGCUUUGAAGUAAUCCGACCAGUGUUAUCUCAUGCAAUUUCUUUAAUAAAAAAUGAGCAUGUAGAAGUGAAAUCAACACAUGAUUCUAUGCAAUCUGGUCACAUUUGCCCUCACCAUAGUAGCGUGGAUGUUUCAAAAGUCGCAUUUAGACCAAGAGAGUCACCAUUUCCAAUGGUAGAGAUGUCUGAGGCAUGGAAGAUAAUAGAUAGUGUAAUGGCACAAUGGACCGAACGUUUGGAAAUUGUUUCUAUAGAAGACGGUCUAGGGAGAGUUGUAGCACAGCCCCUGCAUGCAAAAGAACCAAUGCCACCAUUCCCAGCUUCUGUUAAAGAUGGUUAUGCUUGUAUCAGUCUGGAUGGUGCAGGUGUGAGGAAGGUUCGCUCUGCGCUGACGGCGGGCGACGCACCCACUGAGCCUCUGCUACCAGGUGAAUGUGCCAGGAUUAACACGGGUGCUGCAUUGCCCGCUGGCGCCGACUGUGUCGUGCAGGUAGAAGAUACGAAAUUGGUGUCGGCUUCUGAUGAUGGCGAGACUGAGUUCGAAGUGGAAAUUAUGGUAGCGCCAAAACCUGAACAAGAUGUCCGGCCUGUUGGCUACGACAUACCAAUGGGCGCGGUACUAACUAAUAGAGGAGACGUUCUUGAUGCUGCGUUAAUUGGACUGUUAGCGGGUGCAGGAUAUCAGAAUGUGACUGUUAAAGCGCAUCCGAAGGUGGCACUACUAUCAACUGGAAACGAGCUGCAAGAGCCAUCGGAGGGUAAACUUCGACCUGCGCAUAUACGAGACUCCAAUAGGACAAUGCUGAGAAUGCUGCUUAGGGAGCAUGGAUACGAGAGCAUAGAUUGUGGCAUUGCUCGCGACUCACCCACGCACUUGGCUUCGGCGUUGGCGACCGCCAUGCAACGAGCCGACGUGAUCGUGUGCACCGGCGGCGUCUCUAUGGGCGAACGAGAUUUACUCAAGCCAGUAUUACUUAAGGACUUCAACGCGACAUUGCAUUUCGGACGCGUACGAAUGAAGCCGGGCAAACCGAGUACAUUUGCUACAUGUCUGUUUGAAGGGAAGACAAAAUAUAUAUUUGCUUUACCAGGCAACCCCGUGUCUGCAUACGUGUGCUGCCUGCUGUUCGUAGUGCGCGCAUUGCGUGUGAGUUGCGGGCGUGUUGCGGAAUGGCCGCGGGUCAGCGUGCGGCUCGAGGAGGCCGUGACACUCGACCCACGGCCCGAGUAUGCUCGCGCUGCGCUGCAGACUCGCUGCCGGGAUCGAGGGGACCUACCCACCGCCGCGCUUCUCGGGAACCAGUGCAGUAGCCGGUUGCUGAGUGCAUGUGGUGCGGGCGCGCUUCUGGAGCUGCCGGCAGGUGGCGCGGGCCGCAUACUGCCGCCCGGCGCUGUCGUCAGCGCGCUUCUCACUGGCAGGCUUGAUCUCACUGUUAUCCAUUCGGAAUCGUAAUAUAUAUCAUCUCAUACGAAUAUAUAUCUCUAUAAUACGAGGUGAUAGGGAUCUGAAUACAUAAACAUCCUAGUAAUAUACUAGAUCAAACACAUAGAGGCCUUACAUGCAAAGGUUAAAAGUUUUCAGUUAGUGAUCAAUGUGGAAAAUGUUAAUAUUGUAUAUUUCGUUUAUUGUGAAUCUCACCAAGUACCAGUUAUGCUAGUAGCUGUGCUCGCGGCUUCGUCCGCAUUCUCUUUCAUUUUCUUUCCCAGCUAUAAAUAUUUGAACUAUAGAAAUUUCUUUUUGGAUGUCUUUACACACACUUUCACUUUUAUAAAAAAGAUAUAGUAUUGUUAUUAAUAAUAGAAUGGUAGCUACUUUCGAGAUUGGCCACUAUGAGUACUUUUGUCGUUAAAAAAUAAUGCGUGCUUUAUUGUUUCGAACUGAAAAAAUAUAGCCAACAACAUUUCUAAAAAAGGAAACAAUAUUCACAGAUUUUUUCAUUCAUGUUUGUAUGUAAUGUUGCACUUUUAGAAUAAGUAAUUAAAAUAGAGCCAAGGAAUUGAGAGUAGUCGUAUAAUUUUCUAGAAAAAUAUUGUUAAAAGUGCACCUUGUACUAUUUUUUAAAUGCUUUUUGUUGGGAAUCACAAGUACUUGUUUAGAUAGGGGACUUUGCAUGCAGAGGACACAAAUUGUUUAUUGCCUCAGAUGGGCCUUUUAUUGCCUUUUAUUGCCUCCUAUGCACAACUUCGUAUGAAUAUUCUGGUUCAAAAGACCAUAUCGUCAUACACAGUAUACUGACAGAUCUGACAAAUAUUACAUAUAAAGAUCCGUCAGUAUUCUACGACUAUGACGAUAUGAUGCUGAAUUCCUUGUUUAAAAUGCAAUAAAGAUGAUUGUUAUAAUAUUUAUUGUUUGUUAUGUUUCUUAAUUAUUAAUUAUAGUCAAAAUUUAUGAUUCAGAUGUUAGUUAGUUAGUUAUGCAUUUGAAUGUAAUAAAUCACUAUUUAAAGUAAUUGGGGAUUCAGCAAAAUGUUUACAGCUGAACCUUGCAGUUGAAUUAAAAUACCGAGAUUCAUUGUAAAUAAAAUUACCUAAGAUAGUGAUCAUCAUUGUUAAAAUCUCAAUAAAAUUAUUAUAUUGUUAA